CCUCCCCGCCAAUCGCGGCUCUGCCAGGCUGAGGGGUCGGCGUUCGGGGAGUGGUGAGGGGCGGCCGCGCUCCAUGGUCGCCGCCCGCGGGAGGCGCCUGUACUGUGCAUUCCGUGUUAAUUCAUGAGGUUGCUGUUCGUUGAGGACACAGGGAGAGGAGACCAGAAACCCCAGUGGUGAUUUUUGGUGAAGUCACGAGUCGCUAUGAAGGCUCUGUAUGGUCAGCAGAAUUCUCCUGGAGAGGAAAUGACAUUUGUGUUCCAGGAAAGAGAGAAUCUCCCUGCCACCAGGGCCCACGAUGUGAAGGUGCAGGUCAGAGCCUGUGCUCUCAGCUGGGUGGACACAAAGCUCCUGUCAGAAAUUCAGCUGAAGAAGGAACUGGUGCCUGUUGGGCGAGAAAUCUCAGGAGUAGUGCUGGAAGUUGGAAGCCAGGUGACCUUUUUCCAGCCAGAUGAUGAAGUGGUGGGAAUUUUGCCUCUGGAUUCUGAGGAGUCUGGUGUCUGUGAAGUUAUCCUGGUUCAUGAGCAUUAUUUGGUCCACAAGCCAGACAAGGUGUGCUGGGUGGAGGCUGCCGGGACGCUGCGGGACGGACUCCGCGCCUACACCGCCCUGCACUACCUGGGCCAGGUGUGCCCUGGCAGGAGUGUCCUGGUCCUGGAUGGAGCAAGUCCCUUCGGUACCAUCGCCAUUCAGCUGGCUCAGCACAGAGGGGCCAAGGUCAUCUCCACUGCCCACAGCCUGGAGGACAAGCAGUACCUGGAGAGGCUCAGACCUGCUGGGGGAGUCCGGCAGCCCUUGGUGGCCCGGGUGAUCGAUGUGUCCCACGGGAAGAUCGACGUGGCCGAGAGCUGCCUGGAGGAGACGGGCGGGCUGGGCGUGGACAUCGUGCUGGAUGCCGGAGUGAGGCUGUUCAGUGCUGAAGAUGAGCCAGCUCCCAAAUCCCAGCUGCUGCCUCACAAGCACGACAUCAUCACCCUGCUUGGGGUGGGGGGCCACUGGAUAACCACGGAACAGAACCUGCAGCUGGAUCCUCCAGACAGCCACUCCUUGUUCCUUAAGGGAGCCACAGUGUCCUUCCUGAACGAUGAGAUCUGGAACUUGUCCAAUGUGAAGCAGGGCAAGUAUCUCGCCAUCCUGGAAGAUAUCAUGGAUAAAUUAUCAAAUGGCAUUUUCAGGCCUCAGCUGGAUGAACCCAUCCCAUUGUACGAGGCCAAAGUUUCUAUGGAAAUGGUUCAGAAGAAUCAAGCAAGAAAGAGGCAAGUCAUCCAGUUCUGACACACAACCUCUGAUUUCUGAGCCUGGGGAAGAUAAAGAGAUGUAUUUGUGGAGUAAAUCAGCGUACAUUUGCAGGCAGUAAACAGAAUUUAAACAUUCUUUGUAUCUCAGCACAAAUGGUUUCUGAAGCUUCCAUGAUUUCAGGGGUUUUUAAUUCCCUUGAGCAGAAUGUUCCCAUCAGCAGGUUCUGAAGAAGCCUUGACAAAAAAAAUCUUAUCUGCCCUGCUGCACUUAGAAAUGUCAGAAACAUCUACAGGCAAACUCAGUCACUGUUGGUUUUCAACCUUAAGAAAUUAAAGAGGGAAAAAAAGA